CGUAAUCAAAAUUUGUUAAAGUUAAGAAAUCAAGCACAAUGAAAUCAACAUAUAGCGUAGAGAGCCUGACCCAGAAUACAACUCCAAAGACACGCAAAUCGGCUAAAAAUACGUUGAAAAAGAGAUCGAGUCCAGCACAUUCCUCCGCGCUAUUCGACGAGGAAAAUGAUUUUGAGGGGCCAACGAGAUGUCGCUGCCAGCGAUGUGAAAUUCUCCAUCCAACGGACAGGAUACGCAUCGAGGGGGAAAGGGUAUUUGAAAAUGUGAUUAAAGUGCAGGAUGCUGUCGAUCAGAAUGUGGAGGGAUUGCUCAAUGAUCUGCAAGAGCUAAUCAGCUUCAAGUCGAUCUCUGUGCAGCCAGAGAUGCUGGCGGAGAGCAUGAAGGCGCUCGAUUGGCUAGCGGAUCGCUUGGAUAAUUUAAAGUUUCAAACCAUGGAUCAUUAUGUGCCCGACGAUCCCGAAAAUUGUUUUGAGGAGCCGCAUCGCAAGGUGCUCUUCUCCCGCUACUUCUCGUCACCCACAAAAAACACAGUGCUGAUCUAUGGGCAUCUGGAUGUGGUGCCAGCUAAGCCAGACUGCUGGCUCCAUGACCCCUUCACUAUGCAUCUGGAGCAGGGUGUCAUCUAUGGCAGGGGUGUGACCAGCGGCAAGGGAAUGCUAGUCGGCUGGCUGCAGGCCAUCGAAUGUUGGCUGAAAGUGCACGGGGAUCUGCCCAUUAAUGUGAAGAUCAUUGUCGAUAUGUUGCACGAGGUGGGCAACAGCGGAUUGCAUAUCUAUGUGAAAGAGAGAAAAGACUUCUUUCUCGACGUGGACUUUAUGGUCUUCGAUGCGAACUCGUGGCUGAACAACAAUAAUCCCAUCAUCGCUUGCAGUCUCUCCGGCUGGGCUCAUUUUGGCAUUGAGGUCCGUGGCGGCAAUAAGACCUUGGAGAGUGGCCUCGCUGGUGGUUUAGUCUUUGAGCCGAUGAUCGAUCUGUGUCAUCUGAUGAAUAGUCUCGUCAACGAUGACCAUGACAUUCUCAUUCCAAACGUUGAGCUGCACGUGAAGGCACUGGCUACUCACGAAUGGCAGCUGCUCGAGAAGGCGGACUUCCAGACCUAUGCCUACAAGGAGCAGCUCUAUAUACGACGCCUGAGGAACGAGGGAAACAAGGUGGAAAUGCUGCAGAAUCGCUGGUGUAAGCCAACCCUGACCAUGCACGGCGUUGAGGGAGCAGACAGUCAUCCCGGCUGCAGGCGAAUGCUGCCCAUGCGCGUGGUGGGCAAGUUCUCAAUUAAGCUGGUGCCCGAUCAGGAUGUGAAACAGAUUCAAUCCGAUGUCAACGAUUAUUUGGAACGAUGUAGCAGCGAACUUGAUAUAGGCACCAAGAUGACCGUUCAUCUGCUUGACGGUUGUGAACCGAGUUCCUGGUCGAGCGACUCCACAUUGACGAAGGCCGUCAUAAAUGCUGUGUUCGAUGUCUUUCAAAAAAUGCCGAUUGUCACCGAAGGAAUACCCAUUUGUUUGCCCGUUGCGAGCGUGUUGGGGAAUCUGAUAGAUAAGCCCAUCAUGUUGGUGCCUUAUUGGCGUCGUCGGGAUCACCAUCACCAGGAGAACGAGUACAUUGAGGAGCGAUGCGUCAUGCAACAUGCCAAAGUCUGUGCCAAUCUCUUCUACGAACUGAGUGUGAUUUCCAGCAAGUGCAAGUGCCAUCUGCUCACGGACUAUUGCAAUCGGCGUGGAAUUAUGGAGAAACUGGAUGAAGAGCGUGGCUACUUCAAUAAUGAGUCACCGGCAUCCCGGCGUAACCAAUUGAUGAACGUCUUCAGGAAACACGAUAAUGUCUCCCAUUUGACGCACAAAAGGCGCCCGUUCAAUGCACGUUUCAAGAACUUUCUUUGCAUACCAUUUGCCUGGAAGAGGAUCAGGAAACACCAAAAGCAUUAA